AUGGUUCUAAGCCGAUACUUCCUCUGGAAAAUUGACCGUGUUGCUUGCGAAGUAGACAGCUUUGAUUCAACCGAUGAGAAAAUUAUGAUCGCCACCAUGGAUCCACAGCGACCUUCCGUACAGGACAUCGCGAAACAAUUGCGAGCAAGAGGCUGCAACGUGCAUACUGAGCAUAUCUCGAAAGUCGAGGUCUCAGAGGCUACUAAGAUCGUCAUCGACGACACAGAGGGCACCAUGCUAUCCAAACUCCGCGCUGACGUCUUUGAGGCGCUGCAGAAGAUUCCUUGCUCAAGCUUGCCGGUCGUUAGGCUCACCAGCGGGGUCAAUCAAGGCGAGGUGAUUUUCGGAGGCAUGAGCCAAGGGUUUUUUCGGGCCAUACGAUCUGAGCAAGCUGCAGCUCAAAUUACGCUGCUAGAUGUUGACGUUGAUGAGAACCUUGGAUGCACUGGUGAAACCCUCCACCAGAAGCUCGGAAAUGUGGCAACGAAGAACUCUGGUAAAGAUACCGAUUUCUGGCUUCAUCAAGGAGUGCUCUAUGUGAGCCGGGUUGUUCCAAAUGCAACCUUGAACGACCGACUCUCCGCUACAACAGAUGCUACUGAGCACUCUGUCCUUCCAGCGGAGACGGCGCUUUGCGGCAGAGUCGUCAAUGGAGAGCUCAAUCUCUGUCCGAGAGCACCAGAAACUCAGGAACUUUCAGACUUUGAGGCCGAGAUUCAGGUGGAAGCAUCUGAAUUCCAAGCAGACGACGUGCAGUCUGACAAUGAGCCGCCCAGGAUUGUGCUGGGAAAAAUCGUCAGAGUCGGCAGCGUUAUGGACGCAGCCGCCAUUGGUCAAACCACGGCCUUGUUUACGAAGGAAGGUUAUUCCACUAUGGUGAGAGCCACUGAGCACAUGUGUGUCGGUGUUGCAGGUUUCGAUGUGGCGCGUUUGGCAGCAACUUUACCCAACUUGUGCAAAGCGGUGAACUGUCUCAAGGCAGGGAACGUUGAGCCGGGCGAGCAUGCGCUGGUUCUUCCUGCACCUCUGCCUAUCGUGGGCGCCAUUGCUGGUCUCAGCCGUGCAUUCAACUUCAACAUCACGAUGGUCGUGGAGACUGAAGAAGAGAAAGAAGAAUGCCUCCUCAAAUACCAAGUGCCUUCCGGAUCGAUAUUACUGGCCGAAGAAACCGAAACGAUUCGCAAGCUCGUGUCAGGAACCUCUGCAAAUGUGCCUAGCAUUGUGAUUGCGAGCGACUUCUCGCAUUUGGGUCGGGAGAUAUGGAGAUUCAUGCCAGCAAUGGGUCGCUUCGUCCUUAGCGAUGGAUCUGUUGAUGCGAGGCCAGAUGCACUUCCUUUCACGAAAGGUGCUUCGUUCAUUCCCACAGGCAUCGGUGCUCUUUACAGACAGAGUCAGGCUUCCGCAGUCCUGAAAUCAUCACUCGACAUUCUGAGGCUACACGGACAGCUUUUGGUCCAAGAGCCUGCGGUGUAUGAUAUCAGUGCACUGAAGGAGAUGAAGAGCUUCUCAGGAUCCUCCGCGAAACUGGAUAACGGUGUCGUUGCGUGUAAUUAUGGAGAAAGCUCUGUCAAGAUUCAACCGGCAGGCAAAGAGCUCCGUUUCUCCCCAAAUGCUGCUUAUCUUUUGGUUGGUUGUCUUGGCGGACUGGGUCGCAGUCUAACAGCCUGGAUGAUGGAAAAAGGGUGCAAAAUUUUUGCAUUCAUAUCCCGCUCCGGGGCGGACAAACCAGAAGCUGCAAAAGUUGUUGAGUCAAUCAAGGAAGCUGGUGCUUCUGCUCAGGUAUUCAGAGCUGAUGCUACGAUUGACACGGACGUGGCGAAGGUUGUUUCCGCGGUCAAUGCAGCCCGUCCGAUUCGCGGUGUUGUCCACGCUGCUAUGGUACUCCAGGAUGGUAUGUUCGAAAACAUGACCUGCGAGAAAUUCGCUGCUGCAGUGAACCCCAAGAUGAUGGGUGCAUGGAACCUUCACAAAGCUCUGGGUGAUACACCGCUGGACUUCUUCGUAAUGACCAGUUCCAUUUCGGCGGUACUUGGUAACCCUGGACAGAUCAACUAUAGCGCAGGCAACAGCUUCCUUGACGCUCUCGCCUGGCAUCGAAACCAGCAUCGCCUCGUUGCGAGCUCACUGGCUCUGCCAAUGGUUCUUGACGUUGGGGUUGUUGCCGAGAAUGAGAAUAUUGAGACAUCGCUCUCUCGCAAAGGAAUGUACGGAAUCCAUGAAGGAGAAAUGCUCCGUGGUUUCGAGACGGCCAUGAUGCAAGCUAAGCCUGGCGCCAACGAGCCUGCUCGUAUUGGUAGCGCUCAGAUCGUACUCGGCCUUGAACGCGUCUAUCUUGCCGAAGCACUAGCCUCUGAGGAUGUCGUUGAUGCCUAUUGGUACAACGAUGCACGCUUGAACGGCAUCAGAGCAAAUGUUGAGGAUAUCCUCAGUUCUUCAACAUCCAGCAGUGGCUCCGGUGGCGACUUCAGGUGUUCAAGCAUCCUCAUGACCGCGGUCGAAGGAUUCGACUUCGAUGGCAAGUCCAUUGCGGCGUACGGCCUGGAUAGUAUGAUCGGUGCCGAGCUUCGAAACUGGCUUUUUAAGGAAUUCGGGCUGGAUAUUGGCUUUCAAACACUGCUUGCGCCAACCCUAACGUUCAAAGCGUUGUCAGCGACGGUGGGCGAGACAUCGGGUGUCCUGAAGAUAUAG